AUGACGACAACAUACACCCUCCCGCACCUCCCACCUCACAAGAUCCACAUAACCCACCUCCCCUCCCUCCAGCCCGCCGCCUUCAAAACCUUCCAGCAGGAACUCACCUCCUCCACCGCCACACCAUCCGGCGAGUACGCGUUCCUGGACGCCAGCGUGAUCCUCUCGACAACGCACCUGCUAGCCGCGGUAUUCCAGGCUGUGCGCAACGAACUCGUCAGUGGCAAGCGGAGGACUAGGAACGUGCAUAGCGAGGUGGUGUAUUGCUUGGGAGGGAAUAAUAAUAUUAAAGAGGCGUAUAAAAAAGUUUGGCGUCACGGAGGAGACGAAGGAUGUUAUUGCUGUCAAGAUUGCGCAUGGGAAGGGGGAGUACUGGAGCGAGGAGGAGGAAGUGGGGGGGAAUAUUCGGAGAGUGAUUGGCGAGGAGGGUGUUAUGGAGGUUUAUGACGAUGAGGUUGCAAAGAGAGUUGUGGACGUUGAAAAGGUCAAGAGGUAUUACAAGAUCAAGACGGGUGGGUCCCAGACAAAGGGGAUCGAUGCACUGGGGAUUACCGCGCUGGAGGUGGAGGUUUUGGGUAAGAUGGUUGGGAGGGU